CGAGGCCGGGCUCGGGUGGCGAGUAACGCCGUGGGGUGGGAGGGGGGAAAGGGUACAGCGCGGAGCGAAGGGAGGCGAGGAGGACGGACAGAGAGACGGACGGACCGGGUGAGAGGAUGUGAAGAUGGCGGAGCUGCAGAUGCUGCUGGAGGAAGAGAUCCCGGGGGGGCGCCGGGCCCUGUUCGACAGCUACACGAACCUGGAGCGGGUGGCCGAGUAUUGCGAGACCAACUACAUCCAGUCAGCAGAUAAGCAGCGAGCCCUGGAAGAAACCAAAGCCUACACAACCCAGUCUUUAGCAAGCGUAGCCUACCUGAUCAACACUUUGGCCAACAAUGUUCUCCAGAUGCUGGAUAUCCAGGCAUCCCAACUUCGACGCAUGGAAUCUUCAAUCAACCAUAUUUCACAAACGGUGGACAUUCACAAAGAAAAAGUUGCUAGAAGAGAAAUUGGUAUCUUGACUACAAACAAAAACACCUCAAGAACUCACAAAAUCAUUGCACCAGCUAACUUGGAGCGACCAGUUCGCUACAUCAGGAAACCUAUUGAUUAUACAAUUCUAGAUGAUAUUGGACAUGGAGUGAAGUGGUUGCUUAGAUUUAAGGUCAGCACACAGAAUAUGAAGAUGGGUGGGCUGCCUCGUACAACACCACCCACCCAGAAGCCACCAAGUCCACCGAUGUCAGGAAAAGGAACUAUUGGGCGUCAUUCUCCCUAUCGUACAUUGGAGCCGGUACGUCCUCCAGUGGUACCAAACGACUACGUGCCUAGCCCAACGCGCAAUAUGGCUCCCUCACAACAGAGCCCUGUUAGAACUGCUUCUGUGAAUCAGAGGAAUCGCACAUACAGCAGUGGGAGUAGUGGAGGAAGCCAUCCAAGUAGUAGGAGCAGCAGUCGAGAGAACAGUGGAAGUGGAAGUGUGGGUGUUCCAAUUGCUGUUCCUACACCAUCUCCUCCCAGUGUCUAUCCAGCCCCUGCUGGCUCGGCUGGCACUGCUCCCCUUCCUGCUACCUCUGCUCCUGCCCCCACUCCUCCUGCUCCUGCCCCUUCCUCUGCUGCCCCAGAUGCUGCUGCUGCUGCUGCAGGAGCUCAGCCCCUUGCUGAUGGCUUCACCUCUCCAACUCCCCCUGCUGUUUCUUCCACACCCUCUACAGGUCACCCAGUUCAGUUCUACAGCAUGAACAGGCCUGCAUCUCGACACACCCCCCCAACAAUAGGGGGAUCUUUGCCAUAUCGGCGUCCUCCUUCGAUCACAUCACAGACAAGCCUUCAGAACCAGAUGAAUGGAGGGCCAUUUUAUAACCAGAAUCCAACAUCCCUUGCUCCUCCUCCCCCCUCCAUCCUACAGGUAACUCCACAGUUACCACUAAUGGGAUUUGUGGCCAGAGUUCAAGAAAACAUUUCAGAUACUCCUCCCCCACCACCGCCUGUGGAUGAGCCAGUGUUUGAUGAAUCUCCACCUCCACCACCACCUCCAGAGGAUUAUGAGGAGGAGGAAGCAGCAGUGGUGGAGUACAGUGAUCCAUAUGCUGAGGAGGACCCUCCUUGGGCACCAAGGACCUACUUAGAAAAGGUGGUGGCAAUCUAUGACUACACAAAGGACAAAGAAGAUGAGCUAUCAUUUCAAGAAGGUGCCAUUAUUUAUGUUAUCAAGAAAAAUGACGACGGCUGGUAUGAAGGGGUCAUGAAUGGAGUGACCGGGCUCUUCCCAGGGAACUAUGUGGAGUCAAUCAUGCAUUACUCGGAGUGAAGACUAGAGGACAGAACACUGCAUCUCCUGCUGCAGGAGCUGUCAGGGCUUCCCAGGUCUCCACCAGCCUCUGGGGCCCCAUCCAAUCUAACUGAAUGAAGGAUAACUGUAACAACCACUCUUCCCCCUUUCUUCCCAUCCUCCCCCAUUAUAAACCAAUAGCGAUUUGAGUUGUUUGAACAAAUGGCUCUUUCAGCUGCCAGCAGAGGCUAUCCUGGCCCAUCUGAUGCUGAAUUAAGCUGACACAUUCAGAUGUAAAACUCGUUGAGUAGCUGAUACUUCACUCAAUUACUGACUUCUUCUGACAGGCUUGGGAUAUGUCUUGGAAUCCUGUGUGUCCUUGUGGUACUACCCUUGGCAGCAGUGCCUGGCGCUUGGGAUGUCCUGGAUGUUUGUGGUGAAGGUUUACCAGCCAGUGGACAGCCCUCCUGUUCUAUACUAUGCUCCCAUGCAGCUGGAAGAAAUCAUGUGCUAGCAAACUGGAAUUUUACAUAGAGGCGUUCCUAUAACUGACUUCCAGAUAGCUGGUUACAUCUUUAGCAUAAACCCAUCUGCAGCUGCUCUGCACAUGUAGGCUGACACAGGGGCACACAGAGCUGGCUUUCAUUUACUCACCUUUCAGUUUAGACAACUAAAAUGGCUGCAGCCCAGAGGACCCCCACCCCCAUUUCCUCAUCUUUUGAAUGCCACCAGUUCGUUUUGUGUUCUGCACUGAUGUAAGUGUGCUCCUCUCCACAGUGAGCUACUUGCCACGGGCGCUGCUGGUUUAAACAGAACUCACAGAUGCUGUUGACGGUGAAUGCAAAACAAAGUUUACAGGUUCUCCUGGGGUCUGAGGAUAAACUCUAGGGGCUGUGAUCUAAGGCUCAAGUCUACUCGCACCUCCUUGCACUAGUGAAACUUACCCCCGACUUUAGUCUUAUGCACAAUAUAAUCUUAAAAAUCCAAUCAGGUAUUGUAAAUUGGCUAUUUUGUACUUGAUUAGAUUUGCAUAUGUACUGUGAGAGCCCUGUGUAGAGGCAGGACAAACGGCAAUUGUCGUCUUCAUGUCUGUUGCCAAAAUCUCUUCAGUGGAAGCAAAAAGGGCUGUUGUGUGUACUGGUUUCCCAUGGAAAUCCAAGCAGUAACUGGUAGUAGUCCUAGCUCUUCCCCCAGCCCUCUCCAUUGUCUGUUAUAAAGAAAUAGGUAUUCUGAGCUGACUGCUGGAUCUGGGUGGAGUUAUUACCAAGUAAAGACUCUGUAGCCCCUUGUGUUGCUAGUUUGCUUUUUAAUCUAGUCUCAGUUAAAAAUGCUGCUCAGUGAUUCUGCCCAGCAGAUCAGUGUAAAGUGAUGGCUGCACUAGUCUGCCCUUGGUCAGGAAGGACCAAAUGUUAUCUUUGGGUAAAUGUCAUGCAUUAACAGAGUGAGCUGGGUAAAUCUCAUUGCAGUCCUGUUAGCCUACAAAUAGAGCUGAUGCCUGCAUUGCCAGUCUCCUGGGCCAGGGCAUCUUCCCUAGCAACUUCUGUCACCUGGCCGAGUUCCAGCUGGUACCAGCAGUAGGUCCCCAAAGGUGUGACAGUGCUGCAGCUGUCUUCUGAGGCCUGUGUGUAGAACAGAGCAGUGCACAAGAGAGCAUCGAGGCUGGGUUUGUGACGGUUUUGGCAAGGAUAGAGGUAAUUGACCCAGUGCCCUUGUUAGGUGAUCAGUGCAGUAUCAGGGUGGAGGUAUAGGUUUGGUGCAUUCCUGGGCGGGGAGGCACUGUAGCUGCUUGAGGAAGAAAGAGGAAACAAACGUGAGGUGUGUUUGUAUGGAUGGACAUGGAUGAAUGUGAUCACCCCUGUGAGCUUGUGGAAGAGUAUGUUAACUCCUGUGACAGUGCAUACGGAACUAGUUUGGUUGAAGCCUACAGCAGGUACAAGUUUGAAGAAACUGGUACAAAGAUAGAGGUUACUUUCUCCCCCUAUCAAUCCACUACCUGCUUCUCUGAAAACCUGUGACUUGCAGCAAGACUAGCAGAAGCAGCUGUGGUUAAUUUCCUCACCCCAUUGUUUCUCUGGGAGCAAGCCUGGAAACACAGGUUGUCAGUCACUGGAAUGACUGUUUCUAGUGUCAUAGGACAGACCUACACAUUUUGCACAGGGAGGCAGUGCUCUCGGCCCAGGUGGUGGAACAGCAGUAUUUCACAAGCCUUUGGUGCUCACAGGGUGGCUGUUUUCCAGGACUAUCAAUGCUUUCCUCCUUUCUCUUGCCCUGGGUAUGUCUGUGGUAAAGACUUGAGCAUGGUGCUCAAUUGCAUCAAGUUAGGGCAGCUUAGAGAGUUACUGAAUGAGAGCUGAACCUCUCUCCCUGUGCACACAUGCUGCACGUGGGAGGUCAUGCAUUGUUGAAAUGUGUUUUUAACUAGGUCUGUGUAAGAAAGAGCAUGUGCUUGAACGCUUCUGCUGGGUGGGUGGGUAUAGUGUGUACCUCCUCUGUGUGUGGCACACACCAGUGUCCUUGUUCUUCAGUCAGGCAGUUCAUCUUGCAAGUUUUCUGUGUUGUGAGAGCAGAGCAGUGUGAACUCUGGGAAGUGCUGAGCCCCUGCCAGAGCACAGCAGGGAAGAUGAAGCUGCAAAACCUUGAGAGUGGAAUGUGUGAAGCUCCUUAAGGAACUGGCCUUGGUCUGAGGGCCCAGGGGUUAGUCAGGUCCCUGCUGAUAGCAAGUGGGAUUGUUUAUGCUGCAAGAAUUGCUGUGGAUGGAAUUUUUGGGUCACCUCCUGCUGGUUUUAUGCUUUAUUAUGCAGUACUAAUGUAAAGAAAUUUGUUGAAGUUUAUGCAUAGUUUUUAUUUUGUACAGGUUUUAAUUCUGUGGCUUGUUUGGGGAUGAUGUGAUGUAAUGGUCUUAGAUCAGGCCAAGGUAAACAGGCUGUGUAUAUUACUGUUACAUAGAUUGCAUGCUAGUAAAGUCAGUACGAGUCAUGUUUCCAGUUUUGUCCCUUGUACUUCUCCUUCUCUGAAACCUUCUUUGCCCCACUCCUUUUUAUUUGAGGUGCUUACUUUAAAAAGGGGGUGGAGAAGGAAGAGGGGAACACCUCAGUAUUUCAGAUAGGUGCACAUCUCUUCACUGAGUUCUGCUGCCACAGCUGAAUGUGUUCAGUAUCACAGGCUGUUGAUCAGCAGUGUGUAUGCAUGAGAGGUGGGGGAAGGAGACACUCCAGAAUAGCCCAAAGAAAGCUGUAUGGCCAAAAUGAGUAUGUUUCUCCCUUUGAGAGAGCUGCCUUAGCCCAGGCAGCUAUUUUUAUUAUGCACAGAACUCAGUCAGCAUCCUCUAGUGGUCAGUCUUGCCUUGGUUUGCUGUAUUCAAGAUUCUUUCCUUGCUAGGGCCAGCGCUAUUUACAGCUGCCUCACUGCCAUGUGCCUGUGCUAGAAGAGGUCCUACAAGUCUGACCCUGUCUAGUGCUGAAGCAGGUUAUGUUGGUGCCUUCUUUCCAGUGUCAGAGACAUGGCUGAGGUGGCAUGUGUUGCACCACAUUGUUUUGGGUGGUGGUUUUUUUUAAUCUUUCUGUGAUAGCUUCAUGUUGUUUCUCUUACUGAUGCAGCAGAGGCCUGAGAGGAGCAGAACAGGCAAGCAGCAAAUUUUAUGCUUGAGCAUCCUGAUGGUGUGCCCAUGCCCAUGGACUGGAGUAGGCACCAGAGCUGAAGCUAUGCCUGAAGACUUGCUGGCCUGACUGGUGAGAAUGAAGAGCCAUUGUUCUCACUGGAGGACAAGAGGUGCAGCAUGGCCCCAAGGUAGCUGGCAGAGCAGGGUAGUGUUACCAGGAGGCUUACCACGUUCCUGUGACUCAGGUUGUCUUUGUGGUUAGUUGAGUUGGAUGUUCCUGAAUGUGGCUGGAAAUUGCUGCUGGUUUGAACCACAGCUGCCCACAGUGCCAGUGGUCUGUGGCAGUGUGGCUUAUCAGUGGAUGCCAGGAAGCCUUAGAUUCAGCUAGUUCUUGCUAAGCUCACAGCUCCUGAGCAUUUACGUGCUGUGCUGCUGUGGGUUCGUGGUGACAGCCAAAGGUGACAUUUGCAGUAAUGCAGUGUCUGAAAAGUGGUACUUUUAUCUAGGGUGUUUCAGUUGAUCAUGAAAAGCGAAGCUGCAGCAGGACACUUCUGGCAGAGGGUAGGCUGCCUGCCUGGUGUGUGUGUACAUAUUGUGGGAAUGAGCUUCUCUGCUAGAAAUGAGCUCUUUUAGUUACGUUGCUGGGCUUUAGGCAUAAAUCAAAAGCAAAACUUUAAUUUCCUUUCCAGAAAGGAUGUGACUUCAUGUGGAUUAGCAAACUGGGAGCAUUUACAGGGCUUCUGCUCCCAGGGGUGGAGCAGGACAUCAUGUGAAACAGGUGCCAUUUGUAUUGUCUUGCAGGGGAACUUGUUGGAAGCUGCUAGAGGAUGCUGUUGGAAAGACCGUAGUGCUGUGACUUCUACUGGAAGCAGUACUUGCAUUUAGAGUAUAAAGUCACUUGUUGAGCACUGCAGCAUUUCAGGAAGCAUUACAAACCCCAUGCAGAGACUUCCAAUUCCUAUGUUGACAACAGUGGCAGUGAGAAAAGUACAGCACUGCUGCAUUCGCUAAAGCAAGUAUUUACAACACUGAUCUCUAGAGACCAUGGUAGUGUAAACUGAGCACUGGCAGGCAGAUAAAGAGCUAUGGCUCAUAGGGCAUCACUUUCAAGAAUUUGCUGUGCUUAACAGGUACAUUCACCUUUUCCACCUUUUGGCAUCUCGAGUAUUUGGCACUGCCACAGUUUGUGGGUAAACUGGUACUACCCAGAAGUCAGAAUGGUGCAUGAACGGAACGGUGUGUAGUUGUUUUUCUUAAUUUCCCCAAUAGCUGAAGUCAGUGUGUAGUAACAGUCCUACUGAUCUACUUUUGAUUUUGAAACUGCAGGAAUAGUGGGACACCCACUUCAUGUCCAUGGGACGGAUGCUGAAAGCUAGAUGCAGCCAAGGUUUGCCAACUGCUGUUACAAAGAAUAAUUCACAGACCAUGGCGUUUCAUUCAGAAAAACACCCAUGUGUUUUGUGCAAUGUCCUGCCCACGCAGGAAGUGUUUUUUUUCCUUUGGUACGCUAAACAUACAAAUUUUAUUAGGACCUUUGCUUAUUACAAGAUGUGUUACAAAAAGGUCAGCAGCAGCCUGUUGUCCAGAGGUAAGCUUACACCCAGCAUCCUGCUGAACACCAGCGUGGGGACAGCUGAAAUGUGUGCAGUACAUUUGUUCGGUUUCUCUUAAACCCACAGAAGAAUCCAACCACUACUGACUGAUGAGGAAGAACUGUGUACAAAUUCAUUUCCAUUACAGCGCCUUGGUAAAGUGCUGACAUGUCUGAGAUUUUUUUUGUAAAGAACAAGUGCUUCUUUUCACAUUUGAAAAAGUGUCUUUUGCAACUUGCAUGGACAAGUAGUUUCUAUGAAUUCUCUGGAAAUGUCAGUGUCUAACAUGGAUUUUGUCCAUGCACUUUUUUUCUGAAAGCAGAUAACCCCCCCAUGCCCCCUCUUUGGUUUGCAGUCAGAGAAGCACGCUGUGCUUUUGCUUUUGGCACUGCUGAUGCAGUGUCUGAGUGCAGAGCCCACUGUAAAUGACCAAGUCCGCAGGACUCUGGGGAGCUGUAUGCCACCAGUAAUGUUUUAUUGUGUGUGCCAUUUGAACCACCUUCCAGUGAGUGAAAAACCCAAUUUUUAAAUUUUUUUAAUUGUACUUGGAAUUAACUGUUGCCGUGUACUAAACCCUCUUGUUACGAGCCCUAAAUAAAAAGAACAAAGCACA